CCUCCCUCCUUGGACCUCAAUAGACACCAAAGGAACCAGGCCCAUCCCACCAGGACCAUGGUUGGACUUCAGCCAUCAGAAGUGCCUCCCACAACAGCUGUGAAGUUCCUGGGGGCCGGUACUGCCGCCUGUUUCGCUGACCUCCUCACCUUCCCCCUGGACACCGCCAAGGUCCGCCUGCAGAUCCAGGGGGAGAACCCAGGGGUGCAGAGCGUGCAGUAUCGCGGCGUGCUGGGUACCAUCCUGACCAUGGUGCGCACCGAGGGUCCCCGCAGCCUCUACAGCGGACUGGUUGCUGGCCUGCAUCGCCAGAUGAGCUUUGCCUCCAUUCGAAUCGGCCUCUACGACUCUGUCAAACAGUUCUACACCCCCAAAGGAGCCGAACACUCCAGCAUCGCCAUCAGGAUUCUGGCAGGCUGCACCACGGGAGCCAUGGCAGUGACCUGUGCUCAGCCCACGGAUGUGGUGAAGGUCCGAUUUCAAGCCAUGAUACGCCUGGGAACUGGAGGCGAGAGGAAAUACAGAGGAACUAUGGAUGCCUACCGAACCAUCGCCAGGGAGGAAGGAGUCAGGGGCCUGUGGAAAGGUAAACGCGGGACGUGGCCCAACAUCACCAGAAACGCCAUUGUCAACUGUGCUGAGAUGGUGACCUAUGACAUCAUCAAGGAGAAGCUGCUGGACUCUCGCCUGUUCACUGACAACUUCCCCUGUCACUUCGUGUCCGCCUUUGGAGCAGGCUUUUGUGCCACAGUGGUGGCCUCUCCGGUGGACGUGGUAAAGACCAGAUACAUGAAUGCUCCCCCAGGCAGGUACCGCAGCCCUCUACACUGUAUGCUGAGGAUGGUGGCCCAGGAGGGCCCCACAGCCUUCUACAAAGGGUAA